GGCGGCCCCCAAUAGUGCGAGAAGAAGCCGUCGCCGUCGUGGAAAAGCGGCGCAUGUGAACGGCUCCUGGGCUCGCCGUUGACGCUAGACUUUCUCCACGCCGAUUUGCUCCACCAAGUGCCUCGGUCUAAAUAGUUUUCCCAUGGGGAAAAUCCACCAUAUAGUAGACUCACGGCCCGCCUAAUCGACGUGUUCGUGUACUGGUUUCUUCUUGUACGAUAUACGACGUUUCCUAGACACCUGCAUUCUCUUCUUCUCAUAUCGCGGGGUUAAAUCUCGGACAUUUUCUGGGCGGUGAGCGGAACCACGUACGGCCAGUCACCCACCGGCACAAUGGCACCACCUUCACCUACAACGCCCUCCUCUUCCUUACAAUCCUCCUCACACUCCCGACUCUCCCAAAUCGCUUCCCAGAUUGCUCCAAUGGCUGCUUCGACGAGUUUCAGCGCCGACGUGGUGCCUCAAGCCCCGGAGGAUCCCCUCUUUGGCUUGAUGGCCGCAUAUCGUCGCGAUACAGACCCGAACAAGGUGGAUCUAGGCAUCGGUGCAUACAGAGACGACGAUGCGAAGCCGUGGGUCUUGCCUGUGGUCAAGCUGGCCGACGAGAAACUCCACAGCGACCCCAAUCUCAACCACGAAUACCUGCCCAUCGCGGGCCUUGCGGACUUUACGUCUGCCUCGCAGAAGCUCAUCCUCGGUGGAGACAGCCCCGCUAUCAAGGAGAAGCGGGUCACCAGCCUACAGACCAUCUCCGGCACCGGUGCCGUCCACCUAGGAGCCCUCUUCCUCUCCAAGUUCUACCGCCCCAACACCCACCGAACAGCCUACUUCUCCGACCCAACAUGGCCCAACCACUUCCAAAUCUUCGGCAACGUCAACCUCCCCACAGCCACAUACCCCUACUUCUCCAAGCAGACCAAAGGCCUCGAUUUCGACGCCAUGAUCGGCUCCCUUGAAUCCGCCCCAGAAGGCUCCAUCAUCGUCCUCCACGCCUGUGCGCACAACCCCACCGGCGUAGACCCCACCCAAGACCAAUGGAAGAAGAUAGCCCAAGUCAUCCGCUCCAAGAAGCACUUCCCCUUCUUCGACACCGCAUACCAAGGGUUCGCCUCGGGCGACCUCGCCCGCGACGGCUGGGCAAUACGCUACUUCGUCGAGCAGGGCUUCGAGCUGUGCAUCGCGCAGUCGUACGCCAAGAACUUUGGCCUCUACGGCGAACGCGCCGGGUGCUUCCACUUCGUCACCUCGCCCAGCUCCGAAGCCGAGUCCACAAUCGCCCGCGUGGCAUCCCAGCUCGCCAUCCUGCAGCGCAGCGAAAUCUCCAACCCCCCCGCGUACGGCGCGCGCAUCGCCUCGCUCGUGCUCAACGACCCGGAGCUCUUCGCCGAAUGGGAACGCAACCUCCAGACCAUGUCCGGCCGCAUCAUGGACAUGCGCAGGGCGCUGCGGGCGAAGCUCGAGGAGCUCGGCACGCCGGGCACGUGGAACCACAUUACGGAUCAGAUUGGCAUGUUUAGCUUCACGGGCUUGACCGAGGCGCAGGUCAUGAAGCUGAGGAAUGAUAGCCAUGUGUAUAUGACGAAGAAUGGGCGGAUUUCCAUGGCCGGGCUGAAUACGAAGAAUGUCGAGUAUUUCGCCAAGGCGGUGGAUAAGGCGGUGAGGGAGACGCAGUAGAGGGGAUAGGAAUGAGGGAGUGGAGCAUUCGUGCGAGAGCAAUAGAGAAUUUCUCUGUUUGCUGGGGUCUUUCCGUGCUCGGAUGCCGAAC